AUGCAUGAAGUGUCUUGGGAGAGUCUGUGUACUACCUGUCAGAACACAGCUGACUUUGAUGAGGAGGCCUACAAGAGAACAGAUCACCUAGGACUCUGGAAGAGAGCAGGAAGUGGCUCCAACAGGCCUCAUCAAAUUCCAUCUCAAAUGGAACUUGUCAUGGAAACAAUGAUGUUCACAUUUCACAAAUUUGCUGGAGAUAAAUGCUACUUAAUGAAGGAGGAUCUGAGGGUGCUCAUGGAAAAGGAGUUCCCUAGAUUUUUGGAAAACCAAAAAGACCCUUUAGCCAUGGACAAAAUAAGGAAAGACCUGAAUCAGUACCGAGAUGGUAAAGUGGGCUUCCAGAGCUUUCUUCUUCUCAUUGUUGGGCUCACCAUCACAUGCAACAACUAUUCUGCAGUACACAUGAAGCGGAAUGGAAAGAAUUAG